AUUUGAUCGUCACUAAUACUAUGGGACCCGGAGACUAUUCCGACUACCUUGACGGCCUACAAAGCCUUGAUCAAAUCAGCAAUUGGUUGGACGAUCAGUCACCAGGUGAUGAAUCCGGUGGUUUGGCAAGUCGUUCAGUAUCAGUUACCAACACGCAGCAAGAAGGGAUUAAUCCCGAGAACGAUGUCAACGAUGACGAAGAUGGGGAAGAUUUCAAGGUUUCAAUUGAUUACAACCUUUUCGUCACUGUGAAAAAGAACAAGCUGAAGCCUGAUAAUACCCGUGGAGGAAAUAAGCAAAAGGCAGGGACCACCGAAACCCCUGAUAAAUACGUGAAAUUAGUUUCAACACCAAAUAAGCUAUCAUUUACAUGGAACGCUUCACAGACCAGCCUUGCGGCUUUCAAAGAGGCAACGCUUGAAGUUCUCCGUGCGCUGGAACCAGAUUGGGUCUUUGGAAAUCUGGAGAAGCAAGAGAGGGAUAAAACCUCUGCUGUUUUGAAUUCUAUUGCACAUCAGCGCAAUGAAGCUUUAAGACAAUUAUCCGAGCAGGACAAGGACAACAGCAAUGACCAACCUACGCAGGGAGAGCCAACGGCUGGCGCGAGUUUCAACAAACAGGUAAUUGAAAAUAUGUGGCUGUUAAGAGCCACUCAUAUGCCAAGCAAAAAAUUGACGGGGUCAAUGGUGCUUCCGGUUAUGAUUGACCCCAAUGAUCAAAAGCGGUUCAUUGCGCUCAGUCCAGAUCAGAUUAACCUCUGGGCCAGAGCAAUGGCUACCAACACCGAAGUCACUGUGGACAACCCGCCAAAGUCUCCAGCUUUCCGCUUCCAGACGAAAGCUGAAUUCAAUGGAACCGCCUCGGGUGUCCAAGAACAGGGAGGCAAUGUGAUUGAAGCCAGUGGGGGGACAAGAGAAGAGUCGGGUGGUCUUGCAAGAACUCCUGGGAGCAUCAGAAGUGCUGCAGGUAUCUCGUCGGCUGCAGGUUCUACUAACCACAUCAACCUGUCUCCCAUUCAAAUGGGAAUGGCGGCCUGGCCACCAGCUUCACCUUGGGGAUGGGGCCCUCCUCCAAAAUUCUAUUUCCUGUACGGUGGGAUGUCAAAUGGCUUAAGUAACAACAAUGCUCCCCCCGCCUGGCCGUCCAACUUAUUGCUUGCAAACAAUCCACAUCUCGCUCCAGGAACUACAAACAGCGGCCCUGUUUCUUUGCCACCCGCUUCGGAUGAAAAUGUUGACAUAAAUGAUUACUUGGCAUUCUGCCACAUCGAUCAAUCUUGUGAUUUGGUAAAAAAGGCGCUAGUCGAUUACGGGAUCACUCAUUAUCAAGAAUUUGAAAAAAUCAAACCCAAAGAGCUCGAAUCACUCGGUGUUAAAAAAAGCAAAGCAAGAUUGCUUGUCUCUAACACCAAAAAGUAUGUGCGUACUCUCAAAAAGCGCCAUCUCAACAACUAA